AUGAAAAAUUUUUCAAGAUUUAAAGGCCUCCCAAAAAUUCCAAAAAUAUUUCCAAGUCGUCUUUUAAAGCCUGAUUCUAAACACAAUCCUUGUGUUGUGGCAAAGACUAAUUGUUUGAAUGGAGGACUUUGUACGAGUGUUGGGCAUGAAUGGUAUUGUGAAUGCCCAAAAACUCAUUAUGGACGUUUUUGUGAAUUUGUUGCUGAUCAAACUGAAUGUGAACGAAAUUUAUGUCAAAACAAUUCUACUUGUUAUAGCACAGAACAUUACCGACAAGUCUCAAAUCCAAACGUUUCUCAAGUCAAAGCUUGUGCUGAUAGAAAGAUGAAGGACAACACAAACAACGAAACUUGUCUUUUCAGUUUAAAUGUAAAAUAUAUGUGUUGGUGUAAAUAUGGAAAUGAGGGAGCUUUUUGUGAAUUUACUGAAGGAAUGCGUUGCUGUGCUGAAGAUCAUUGUAAUUAUCAUGGAUUAAUUGAUUAUACAGAUGUAUUUGUGAAGAAAAAAGGAAAAUUUGAUUUAAAAACACUUAAAUAUAAAUUUAAACCUGUAUGUGAAGAAGUUGUUUGUAAAUGCGUUUGUGAAGAAUUUUACAAUGCAGAAGAUAAUUGUUCGACACCUGAUCCCUGUCGCGAUCUUGAAUGUGUUAAUAGAGGGAUAUGUAAAACUAAAAUGAAUGGCACUGAAAAAAUAGGUGUUUGUGAUUGCCCGUUAGAUUAUGAAUUUAUUGCACCGAAACAAGGAAUUGAAAUUUGGGGUAAUUUUAAUUUAAUGAGGAAUAAAAAAUUUAAUAUUUUAUACAAAAACAGGUGA